CGGUGUGUGUCUGUGUGUGUGUGUGUAUGUGUGUGAGCUAGAUAGAGUUGGGGGGGGCGUAUAUGUAUGUGUGUAUGUGUGUGUGUGCGCGCGUGCGUGCGUCCGUGUGUCCGCCAGUCCUCCUGCGCCGACUCCACGCUUUAAUCCAAAGUGUAAAGUCUAAACAACAACAACAACAACAACAACAUUAUCAACAACGAAAAGAACAACAGACGUGCACCGGGGUUCUGGAGUGGAUUAGGAGCUCAGUGUUGGCGAUGAAGUUUUUCGGAAAAUGAGCGGGUGCGACGCGAGGACUCGGGACGCGCGCGCGCUGUGAACACGGCAAAGGAAGGGGGAAAAAGAGGUCUUCAUCUGUCGUUUGAAGACGGUCAGUGACUCGGCUGUUCGGACAUCUAGGGAAAGUUCAUUCCACCACCUUGGUUCCAGAACAGAGAAGAGUCUAGAUGUAUAUCUACCUCUUACCCUGAGAGAUGGUGGGACCAGUCAAGCAGUGCUAGUAGGAGGAAUUGAGGUGCAGUGUGAGGAGUGAUAAGAUCUUUGAGUCUAGGCAGUGUGGUAACCCCUAUAGGACUCCUAUGAGGUGAUUCCCACCUCAGCCACCCUCAGGUCCCCCACCUAACGUCAGCAGCAUCACGACUAAGGGAUGUCACAGACGUUUCUUCUGAGCCUGAUCAUUUUCUUCUCCUGCACCCAGGUGUCUUCUGCCCUAUCCAUGAAACUUUUAAUGCAAGAGUGGAUGAAAUACCAAAGGGAGUGUCACAUGAAUAUCAGCAGAGAAGCACCAGCCACAGGUCUUGUGUGUAAUAGGACGUUUGAUAAAUAUGCCUGCUGGCCGGAUGGCUUACCCAACACCACAGUGAGUGUCCCCUGCCCCACGUACCUGCCAUGGCACACAAAAGUCCAACAUGGCCUGGUUUAUCUGGAGUGCAAGGCUGAUGGUCAGUGGGCCAAACAGAAGAACGCGAAUGAGUGUGAAAAUAAUGAUCUGGCCCAGAAUGACACGCAAUAUUAUUUCACGGUCCUCAGUAAAUUCAGGGUCAUAUACACUGUUGGUUAUUCCCUCUCACUGGGAGCGCUGGUGCUGGCACUCGGUAUCCUGGUGGCCUUCAGAAAGCUGCACUGCAUGAGGAACAACAUUCACAUGAACCUGUUUGCCUCCUUCAUCCUACGGGCCGCCACCAUUUUCAUCAAAGACGCCUUGUUGGAGAAACCUAACAUCAACCCGGGCACUACCACGGACAUAGAGGUGGAUCUGUUUGUGCAGAACGAGGUUUUACAGCCGGAUGUUGGCUGCAGGAUUGCUGUAGUGAUGAUGCAGUACAGUAUCAUAGCAAACAGCCACUGGCUGCUGGUGGAGGGAAUAUACCUGCACAACCUGCUGGCAGUCACCGUGCUGACUGAGGGGAACCACUUCAGCAUCUACCUGUGUAUCGGCUGGGGAGCUCCACUGAUCUUUGUUCUACCCUGGAUCAUUGUGAAAUAUAUCUACGAGAACGAGAAUUGCUGGGAGCAGAACAUAAACAUGGGAUACUGGUGGAUUAUUCGUUCCCCCAUCCUACUGUCAGUGCUGAUCAACUUCUUCAUCUUCAUACGCAUCAUUAAGAUCCUCGUGUCCAAGCUGAGGGCUCACCAAAUGAGAUACUCCGACUACAAGUUCCGGCUGGCAAAGUCCACGCUCACCCUCAUCCCUCUGCUUGGUUGCCAUCUGGUCCUGUUUUCCUUCGUCACUGAUGAGUCUACCUCAAACGGCGCCAUCACCCUGCGGCUCACGAAACUCUUCAUCGACCUCGUCUUCAACUCCUUCCAGGGGCUGCUGGUGGCCAUUCUCUACUGCUUUGUCAACAAAGAGGUUCAGUCUGAGAUCAUGAAGUUCUGGAAGCGCUGGCGAGGGAAGGACAUCGACGAAGACUACCGUCACACCUACAGCAACACGGCCCAGGUGCCCAACAACAAACACGUCCAAGCCGCUUCCUCCAAGCUGAGGCUGCCGGACGUCACGUGCUCGAGUUCCGUCCUGUGCAACUCUGAAGAGAAGCAGCUGCUGGCGCUCAGCUGCCACAACGGCACGGACCGCCUCCACUUCAAUCCCAAGUCACCGGAAGGUAGCAGCAGCGCCAACGGCACGGCAACCGAAGAGCCGAUGGUGUGCCAUCAGGACCCACGAGGGAGCAUCGAGAGCGGGCUCUGUGGGCUCUGAGCACACCGUCCGAGCCGGGUGUAAACGUGUAUGCGAGUGUCUGUGCAUGCAUAAUGUGUGUGUGUCAUGUGGAUGAGUGUGUGAGCACCUCAGUGAUCACUCUACACUCGUGAGCCGUCCAUCUCGUGUGAAAAAAAAAAGAAAAAGAAUUAAAUGUUUGGUUGUUCACACACCACAUCAUCACACCACUGCUGCAUCUUCAGCACAUGGACCUGACCACAGACAUGCUGAAGAAAAAAAAAACCCUCAAUGAAACUUACAA